AUGUGGAUUUUCUUAUUGCUACUAAUUCUACCAACACUGAGCCUCGAUCACGCUCCAAAAACCGACGAUCCUUGGGACUUGGACGGGCCCUGUCAAAAAUACGUCGAAAAAUUCGCGUUGGUUCAAAGCGAAAUGGUGGCAUGCGCCACAAAUUGGUCGAUUCCUCCCAAAGUUUGCACAAAUUGCUUUCAACAAUACAUUGAUUUCAAGCAAUUCGAGUAUUAUACAAAGAAUUUGAAUGACAUUUUUUCGCUGGAUAAUCGAAGUUGCUCACAAGUUAUUUAUGAGAAUUAUGUGCUAUCUUAUAGUAGUGAUAUAUCUGGAGCAUUGACUUCGAAGAUUUGGGAACAAUCAAGGUGUGAUUGUAAGUUAAUUAUGAAAAUUCUGUUUGCGAAACAAAAUAAUCUUUUCAGCUUGUAUCACGAUCAAUUGGAACUUCCCAAAGAACAAAUCUGAAGUCUCCUUUAGCGAUCGAACAAUGCAAUUUCAAAAUCGUUUGUAUGAAUGGCGAAAUUGUGUGGUAAACUACACAAGCGGCGCAGUUCUCCCAACAAAUGAUUCACAAAUCUGCACCCUCUGUAAACAACCAUUCGACGAUCUUUUCGGGUUCUAUUGGAAGAUUUAUAUCACACCAGAUGUUGAUUUUUGUGUAGAUGUUGAGACAACAGUGAGAAAUACUUCAUGAAAAUUGAUAAUUUCAAAAAAUCUGACGGUUUUUUUGCAGAUGAAUGAUACAAUUCACCUGUGGAAUGAUGUUUGGAUGUGCGCUGAGAAACAAGAUCGGAAACGGGAUAUUGUCAGUGUUCUGCUGACUUUUGGGAUUUUGCUAUUCCUCACAUUCUUGUUCUACACAGCGAGUUAUAUUCAAGGAGGUGGAGAAGCUAGGAAUCUCAUUAGAUGUAUGAGUUUUUGGGCUGAAAUUCCAACCAAAAAUAAAAUAACCUGCAAAAUAUUCCAGAUUCUCGUCUCGAUCCACCUCAACAUCAAAGAUCUCGCCUUAUUUCAUCUGGAAUGUCUGAUCUUGAUCUACCUUCAAGAUCAACCACUACAGUCUCAUCCAACUACAGUAUACCAAUCCAUCAGACACGUUGA